UACGCCAUAUUGAAUCACCGUAGGCUUCUGCUAGCCGUUUUCAGUUAGCGGUUUGAAAAGGACCUGGACUACUCUCUCAAUGGUCCUCAUUCGGUUUGGCGUUAGCACUUCUCUCUGUCUUUGUAACCCGGUUUACUAGCUCAUUUAUUUUGUCCGGGCAGUCGUAUUUUUAACGGGCACAUUAACUUGCUUGAAGUGGGUUCAGAAAAAAUAAAUUGAAUGGAUCCGAGGGUGGCUUGGAUUCAGCCCGAGCAGAAAGGACCUGCGAACGCAUUUUGGAUGCAAGUGUGGGAGACUUCUCAGGUACGAGCAAACUCCGGCCAGCAUCUUCGUAAUAAUCAGAACCACAACCUGCAUGUGAAUUCUCCAGCGUUGGACGUUUAUAAAGAUGUUGCGGCAAAGGGCAAUAGCAUGUGUAGCACUAACACCACGGCUGGUCUGAGCAGCAGCCAUCACGGUAUUUCAAACUGCACUACUUCUAACCACGGCACUGCAUUCUCCUCCUUCGGGGUAACGUUACCGAACGGCAGCGUACAGAACUCAUUGACCCCGUCCAACGCUAACGGUGUAACUACAGAUUUGGGAGACAGUAAAAUGCCCCAAAAGACGGGAUCUAUUUCGUCCUUGUCUUCAGUGGAAUCUAUAACGGACAGUACAUCUUCAAACGGCUCAUUGGGAAGGAUUAGUAGUGGUAAUGUAACGGGAAAUAUGAAUAAAAACGCUGGAGGUGUCAAUCUGUUAUUUAACUUCAGUGAAAGCAUGCCCAAUAAUGUAAACCAAUACCACCACCAUCAAAGGCACCAUCAGGAUCACCCUCAGUACAAUUUCCAACAGAAUUGUGAGAAGCGUCACCCGACUCACCCGCCUGCACCCCUAAAUAACCACGCUCACCAUCCAGGCCGAAGGAAAAGUGACAACAAGGCGAGCACCUAUGGGAUGAAUUACCUGCUUUCUAACUAUGGCAACUAUGUUAGUUCGGGGACUGGGACGCCUUGGAAGACCAGGAAAUACAGCCCCGGUGUUGAUGGUCUCCAUGAGGAGGUGGUGGACUUCUACAACUUCAUGUCUCCCCGACCGGAGGAGGCUGCUAUGAGGAAGGAGGUGGUCGACAGGAUCGAGACGGUCAUCAAGGAGCUGUGGCCUACUGCCGACGUGCAGAUAUUUGGCAGCUUCAGCACUGGACUCUACCUACCUACAAGUGACAUAGACCUGGUGGUGUUUGGUAAGUGGGAACGGCCCCCGUUGCAGCAGUUGGAACAGGCACUCCGGAAACACAACGUGGCGGAACCUUUCUCCAUCAAAGUGCUGGACAAAGCUACAGUGCCAAUCAUUAAGCUGAGUGACCAGGAGACUGACGUCAAAGUAGAUAUCAGCUUCAAUGUGGAGACUGGAGUCAAAGCUGCUUUCUUUAUCAAGGACUACACUAGGAGGUAUCCCGUGCUGCCUUACCUGAUCUUUGUGCUGAAGCAGUUUCUGCUCCAGAGAGAUCUCAACGAGGUGUUCACCGGAGGAAUCAGCUCUUACAGCCUCAUCCUGAUGGUCAUCAGCUUCCUCCAGCUCCACCCAAGGAUUGACGCCAGUAAUCCCAACAUCAACCUUGGCAUUCUGCUGAUUGAGUUCUUUGAGCUUUAUGGACGCCAUUUUAACUACCUGAAGACGGGCAUCCGUGUCAAGAAUGGCGGGGCCUACAUGGCCAAGGAGGACAUGAUGAAGGUUAUGACCAAUGGCUGUAGACCCUCCAUGCUCUGUAUAGAGGACCCACUGAUGCCAGGUAACGACGUUGGCAGGAGUUCGUAUGGAGCCAUACAAGUCCAGCAGGUUUUUGACUACGCUUACAUCGUCCUCGGUCACGCCAUGUCACCGCUAGCACGCUGCUACCCCAACAAGGACAUUGACAGCACUUUGGGGAGGAUAAUCAAGGUGACACAGGAAGUGAUUGACUACAGGGAGUGGAUCAUGACGAAGUGGGGGGGCAGGCACCUCGCCCGCAUGGAGAGCCGGGGUUCCCUCCUGGAUCAGGACCCAGCAGGGUGUGUGUUGGGUGUAGGGGUGGAGGAACAGAGGGACUCUGUCUCCCCUCACAGUGCAGACUCUCCCAUGUCCCUGUCCAGUCCUCACCAACACUCCUCAGCCUCCUCUGUCUCCUCGCUGUCCGGGUCAGACAAUGACUCUGAUUCGACGUCCCCGGCGCUGCCUCUCUACCCCCUUCAGGCUUUGGGUAUGACUCUACCCCUGGGCCUGGCACUGGGCAAGCCUGGCAUCAACCAGCACCACCUCAUCAUGACCCCUGGCUCACAGGCGUGUAUGUCUUUGCCCGGUGGCCUGACGAUGCACUCUUUACCUGGCAGACAGGUGGGUAUAGACGGGCACCACCUCCCCCCCUUUUUCCCCAUGCCCCCCCCUACCCACCAUAACCCCCAUGCCCCCUCCAACCCCCAGCCUCUGUCCAGCCCCCACCCUGCAAGCCACACACACCAGAACGGUCCCAAGUUUCAGAUGAAAGGCUUCCACAAUCCAUCCGUGGUCCACAGUCCCGCCCUGGCCAACCGUGCACACGCACACCCUCUCACACACUCUCAUACGCAGUACCGUAACACCUGGCGGCGUCGGAAGAGGGACAGCCUACCAGUCAGCCUGAGCAGAUAAAAGACUAAACUUCCUCCUCUAUCCCUCUCUCCACUCCUCCAUUCUGACUGAUUGGGAGGACAACUUGACGAGACAAUGCCCCCUGCUGUUCAACUUAAAGAAGGACAGGCAGACAGACUCCAAGACCAGCAUUGGGAUUCAUUCAACACUUUGGGCUGCUGAACUUGGGCUGUGGACAGGGAAAAAAAGCUUAGCUCUGUGAAAACGCUCCCUUUCUCUCCCUUCCUCCAUCGCUCUUCCUCUCUUAAUCUCUGCAUGUUUUUCACUGCGCAAUGAACCAACAGCCAAUGAUACAGGAAUGAGUGGUGCGGCUGGCGAACGAAAUGCAGCCCAGCCCAACAUGCACUCUGACCCCAGAACUUUUCCGCUAGCUCUCCAGUCCUUCACUUCCUGUUUGUUUUCUAUCUUUCCGUUAAUGUGUCUUAUUGUUCAUUUUGAAUAUAAUUAUUUUUGCGCUUUGCCAUUUUUCACUUAGGUUUGGUGAGACUGAUUAUAGUGACAUCUUUGCCAGGUGGGAGUAGCGAAAGCCCAGUCUCUUAUGGGAAAGUGUUUAUUCUUGUUUGGUUUUUGACUGGGUUGCGUUGUCAAGGCGACAACCUUUGUCCUUGAACCCUGCAGCCAAACUGCGUCUUUUUUAGUGUUCACACAAGGAACGGACGGUUUCUCAUUUGUGCAAUAACGCGUUCUGUUUAGUUUUUUAAAAGUAAAUGUUUAUUUAAUUUUAUUAUGCGUGUAUGUAUGUAAAGGCGUUUGGUGUUUUUUUUAAAGAUUUGUUUUAUUUUUGUAUUUUUGGGGGGCUGAGUUUAUAGAACCUUUCCCCAGGUGGCCUCUGCUUUGGAGUGUGUGACGAGAGGACAAGCGUAUAUUCAGUUGGUGAGCUGUGCGAGUCUUGUUGGAGUGUCGAGGUAUAAUCUACCCCCCCCCCCCCCAAUUGGGUGUUUUAUAAUGUGAGUCAAAGGGGAGAAUCAGAAGUAUCUAAGUGACCAGACUAUUGAGAUGAAUCUUCUUAUAGUUUGACAGGUUAAAAAGUCUGCAGUCUCACAUUGUCUCACUAGAUGGAGCUCUUGCUAUAGACGCAGCAGACUGACUGAGCUCUCUCACGCCCAAUACCCUAGCUGUUGUUUUUAAAAACCUUUCUCUUUAUUUGGUGUGUGUGUGUGUGUGUGUGUACUUGUAUCAGUCAUAGGAUGACUUACAUUCACCCAACGUUUGUGCCAUUUUCGCUACUCAGUCCUCGCUUAGACUAGGACUGAAAACUUCCCCAUUGCAGGAGUUUGGCACAAGCCCAAGUACGUAUUGUAUGCCCCAAGUGUGUUUCUGUUGGAUGUAUGUCUGUCAUUUUCUAAAGAUGUGCAUGGUCUAGUGCGUAUGGGAGGUGGCGUUAGAUGAAGGGACAGACAAACUGACCUGAACUUGAAGAUCAGUGAGAGGUGCGAAAUGGAACCCUAUCGCUGACAUCGUGCACUACUUUUGAUUGGGCCAGUGGGCUCUGGUUUAAAGUAGUGCACUACAUAGGGGAUAGGGUACCAUUUCAGAUGCACCCUAAAAUACUAGGUGCUCUAAAGGGUCUUGCCACGUAGCGGGGGGAGAGGGAGGGAGAAUGUUCUGGGGCCUUCCGGAACAGUGGAAAGGGAAUAAUUUUGAUUCCAUUCUGGAAUCUUGUGUAGGUACUUCCGCUAGUUUGCAAUGCCUUUUCUUUGUGUUUACUUCAGUGUGUGUGUGUGUGUGUGUGUGUGUCGUCUCUGCAGGCAUACAGCCGCAUACACACACACACACAGAGACUGUGUGUGACUGAGGCUCCGAACGGUAGCUAAACAUACAGCGUUAUUACUAUGCAAGUGGGUUAUUUCUGUGUGCCCCAUUAUUUCUGUUUCCAAUGACAACCACUGCUUAUUGGCUUGAAGUGAUGUUAUUGUAAACUCGAGUUUGAACGACUAGGCCUUUGUGAUCGGUGGGCUAGGCUAGAUGGUCGCUAGCCUCAGCCCAGUUACAAGUGAACCACAAAACUCUGCAUUUGUAUGCAAGUCCUGAUGUUUUCAAAGUCUCUAGUUUUGUAUUUCUAUCUGUCAGAAAGUCUAUGGAAGGGGAUGUGUGUGUGCCAGUGGUCGGGUAUCUGUCUUGUCUGGGAGCGAGGGAAUAGCAAGACUGGUUGUUUCAAAUGACACCCUAUUCUCUCUCAUAUAGUGCAUGCUAUUUAACCUUAGUGCUGGUCUAAAGUAGUGCCCUAAUAUAGGGGUUAGGGUAUCAUUUGAGACGACCUCUUGACGUCCCACCACUAUUUUAACCUAACACCUACGGCUAGUAUAAAAGUGCACGUGGGGAGCGACUUGCACUCUGUAGUGGACGACUUCAUACCCUCCCUAGUGCACUACAGUCCUCUACCCUCACUGAGAUUGUGUUAGGAGCCAAUGUCACUCUGUAAUGUUAGUAUAGCAACUUUUACCCACCAAUCGACCUGGCUAAUAUACCGCCUUUAUUACAGGGUUGUCGGUCUCAAAUGGCACCCUAUUCUAAAUGUAGUGCACUACUUUUGAUUAGAUCUUUGGUUUCUUGUGGAGGGUAGUGGGGCUAUAUAGGAAAUAGUGUGCCAUUUGGGACUUAACCUGUGUCUGCUUUUAGUGAAUAGAACCAGCAUCUGUCAGAGAAGAGCGCUAAAACACUAUCUCUGGUUGGAGAUUUGUCGAACCUGUCAAAGUUGUCCACAAUUUUUACAGAUUCUAUUAAGACUGAAAUGCAGUGUGACGUCUUUGGAUUUAACUUGAAUCCCAAUGUUCUACACAAGCUUCCUCUCCUCAUCUCCUUUCCUUUAUUUGAUCUGAAAGAAAUUGGAACAGGUGAAAGCCAAUCCCUUGGUAGAUCCAUCAUUUUGUUUUCAUCUAUUUAGAUCAGUGCAGAUCAGAGAGAUGUGGAGAGGAAGCCUCUUUAGACUAUUGAGAACAAGAAACACUUGCAUCACAAUGAGGGAUUUUAAACUUAACGGACGCCAUUUUGUGAAAGGUGGCGGCUCCUCUGUCCUGGCCAACUAAUCUGAGCAGGAACUCCUAAAAUGGCCGCCAAACUAGCAGUGGUCAUGGAGUGACAGCCUGGCUUUUGAUUUGAACAUUUUUAUGUACCGGUAUAUUUUUUUCUAUUUUAUUUUUUAAUAAAAAUCUUAAAACUG